CGGCGACCAAGUUCCUUCAAGCCGUGGGAACGAAUGCCGAGAUUGCAGACACGGUCUUCGUGACUUCAGACCAACUGGAUGAGAGAUUGGCUGCCUUCAAGGAGAGGGAGGGCGAUCUGGAUCGUUGGCUCAUCGAGACCUUAUUCCAACCUAUCAAGGGGUGAAGCAUUGAAGCUGACUGUCCUACUCAGUGAGGACAAGGACUGAAUACAUCGACCGUACUUGUAAUUUACUUCAUCAUCGCCUGCUUCGGCUUGAAGCCCACCCGUCCCCCUGCACUAAAUUGCAACUCAGAGAGUCCGCUGGGAGUCCAGGUCUCUCAGUUGGAGCUGAAGUCAAUCGCUGCUUAAAGGGAAUUGUCUGGAGAGAUUUCCAUCGCAAUAUGCUCCCCAAGUCUGUACCAGACUACCAGUCAACUGAAGAUUCUGGUCACAAUGGAGAGAGAGAAAUACACAGACGUCCAGCAGCCUUGUGAAUCAUUUUUCGAAAAAGGGAUUUCUGCUUUGUGAAGUCUGGCUUCUGUUGAACAUACCAUUGUGCAAUUUUGAGAGCUCUGGCCACCGAGUCAGCCUAGCCUUCGGCUAAUUUGGCCACUGUUACAAAGGAGCAGUGACUAAGUCGCUUGCACUGCACCCUUCCGGACGAGCACCAUGGGUUCUCCCUCUUUUCGUCAGUUGUAUCAGAAUGGCGGGCUUAUGGCGCAGCUCAGGACUCUCUGCUUAUAAUGCAGGUCAGUGGGACGUUCGUAACUACUACCAACCAACAUGGCUCCCAUCCCCACUGCAAUCAUUGGACUGUCGGCGAAUUCAGCCUCGUCGUGGGGUGCCUCUGCGCACCUGCCCUACCUGCUCUCUGCACACGGACGCGCGCGCUACACCAUCGUCGCCCUGCUCAACUCGUCUAAAGAAUCUUCCCUCGCUGCUGUCAAGCACUUCAAUCUCCCCGCCGAGACGCGCGCGUAUGGCUCGCCCGAGGAACUGGCGGCGGACAAGGACGUCCGGCUCGUCGUGUGCAGCACGCGUGUCGACAAGCAUUACGGGACCGUGCUCGCGUCUGCGAAGGCUGGGAAGGACGUAUAUGUCGAGUGGCCUCUAGCGCAGGAUACGAAGCACGCGAAGGAGCUGGCCGACGUCGCGCGGCACGGUGGUGGGCGGACGCUGGUGGGGCUCCAAGGCCGUGUCAGCCCCCUGACGUUGCGGCUUAAGAAGCUGAUCGAGGAUGGGCGGAUCGGGAAGGUCCUGAGCACGGAGGUACGUGGCUCGGGCGGGACCAAUUCACGCGAUUCUGUGCCCAAAGGGCUCGAGUACUUCGUCAAGCGCUCGGUCGGCGGGAACAUCGUCACUAUCCACGGAGGCCACGCGUUCGACCUGAUCCAGACCGUCCUGGGCGAGGCCAUCGAUAUCAAGUCGCAGCUGCAGCUGCAACGUCCGAUCAACAACGUGCGUGACCCCGCGACCGACACCGUCAUCGACACCGUCAAAGCCGACGUCCCGGACCUGUUCAUCGUCACCGCGCGCCUGGCGGAGUCGCCGACCGUCGUGCGCGACGCGUCCCUACUGUUCCGCUUCCGCCGCGGCGCGCAGUUCUCGGGCGAGCCCGCGCUCGUGUGGAGCAUCACGGGCGAGAAGGGCGAGAUACGCGUGACGAAUCAGGCGUCGUCUUCGCUGCAUGUCCCGCCUGCGGGCAUUGUGGUCGAGGUGCAUGACUUCGAGACAGACAAAGUCGAAAAGGUCGACUGGGAGCUUCAGGAGUCCUGGCCUGGGGACGCAAAGGCUCCGGCGCCGUCCAAAAACGUCGGUCUGUUAUAUGACAGCUUUGCCGCCGGAGGUAAAUACCCGACUUGGGAUGAUGCUGUGCACCGGCAUGAGCAGAUCGAUCGGUUCUUCUCUGGGUGGGCUCCCGAGGCUUGACGUCGAUAAACAGUUCCUAAGAACUGAAUGUAACAGAAUUGCAUGUAUCUUCAACGCAGAGAAAUUCCGCAUAAACCUACCACGCAGAAUAAAGUAAAGACUUAAGCCACGUGAUCGCGAUCUCCUUGUCUGUGUACUGUCUGUCACUCACGGGCAUGGGCCCUAUCCUCGCCGAUCUUACAGAGAUGACGG